AAGGACUGGCAGAAAGCGCAGGGCGGUUGGAAGACCUGCUGUUUCUGGUGUUGGGCGUUUUGAGAGUGAUAGAGGCGAGGAGGAGGAGAGAUGUGGAGGGAGCGGGGAGUGUGAGGGAAGAGGGGAAGGUGGAGGAGGGAGUGGGUGCUGGAAACGAAAAGGACGAGGAAGGGGGAAAAGAGGAGGAGAAGGAUGAGGAGAAGGAGGAUGAAGGAGGAUGGGAAGAAGGCGAAGAUGAAGAAGAGGAGAAGGAAGGAGGGGACGAAAACGAGGAGGAGAGACAGAGACAGGCAGAGCUAUGGGAUCGAAGUGAGAAGCUGCUAGAAGCUGCCUCAGAGCAUGCAGCAUUGCUGGCGGCACGCUGCUGCUCUCUUGCAGACCGGCAGGCAGGGAGCGGGGGAAGAGACAGGGAGAUGGGCGCAGGAGGACCAGUGGAGCGGAGGGGCCAACAGCAGCAGCAGCAGCAGGGGCUGGCAUCGUUCCUGUGCUCUGAGGCCCUCUCUCUCAUGGCCGAUAUCCGCACCCGGCUGAGUCAGCUCUAUGUGCUUUCCCAUUCCCAUGACAGGGGGCUUGCACAUGCCCACUCUGCCACUGAUGCAGCAGCCGCGCCUAUCCCCUUGCUGAGACCCUUUAAACCCCAUCUGCCUAUAGCAGCAGCAGCAGCUGUUCCUGUGGUGUCUGCGCUGCUGCUGCGCUGCCUCUUGAGGCUGGGGGGUGCUGUGGCGGAGGUGUGGGGGGAGACUGGUGGGGGAAAGAAGGGGAAUUGGGGGAGCCGGGGGAAGAGUAGGGGCGGAAGGGACGGCAGAGGGAGUGAAGGAAGCGGCAAGGGUGGUGACGGGUUGGGAUUGGAAGGGGAGGAGGACCUUUGCUGUGGAUGGGUGUACGCUUGGGAUAGUGACGGUUCUGCUGCUGCUACUGGCGAUGCUGGUUCCCACACCCCUGUCCCCCCUCUUGCCUCUGCAGCAGCAUCAGCAGCAGCAGAGGUCACCCUCCUGUCCUUGCUCCAUCACAACAUGCCCUUCCCACUACCAUCCCCAUUAUCCGACCACAAUAGUUCGGGACAAGGUAGAAAACGGGAGGAAAGGGGCGAGCUAGUGGAUAGUCAUGGAGGGGAGAGAGGAGGGGAGCAGACGGAAGGAGGAAAAGAGGGAGAACAAGUCAAGGAGCCGUUUCUGGAUGGGGGAAUUUCUCGGCCUGUUCUCUUUGGCGAUCUCUGUGCUUCCAUUUGUUCCAAUGCUGCUGCCGCGUUGACAGGAAAUGCCACAGAUCUUGCAGAUGUGGCUGGUAGUAACCCUGAGAAUGCUUCUGCUACAGCUGCUGGCAGUGCAGGGUCGUCAGCCCAGCUUCUUCCUGCAGUGGCGAUGGCGGGAGCAGCAGCCGUGGUGGCUCACACUAUGGUGCAUGCGCUUUCUCUGGAGAUCACUCUUUCCCUUGGCGUGCAAUCCGCUGGCACACAGGAGCGACUCACCUCGUUAGUGCAGGGAGCCACUCGCCUCUCACACUUACUCAAGAGCCACUUAGCUGUGCUGCAGCAAGCUGCCAACCAGGGCUGUGGAGCUCCUAGGUUCUUCCUCGCGAUGACAGAUGGCGCGACGCUAUUCGCCCUUACAGCAGAGGAGGAUCUCGCUCGGGCAGCUGGAGGAGCGUUCCGAUUGGCUUCUGAGGCUGCCCGGCACACCGGGCGGCUAGAAUUGGAAGCUUCUUGGGAAGCACUGGGAAUGGAUGGCAGCAGCAAGGGGGGGGUGAUUGGCAGUAGGGGCCCUCCCAAAGCCAGGCAUCUGCUCUUUGAGAGACAUGCAGCAAUGAAGCCUUUGGCUCAUGCCAAGAAGGUAGAGGCAGAGUGGAUGUGGGGUGGGGGCGAUGAGGAUGAGGAGGAAGGGGAUGAGGAGGAAGAGAAAGAGGUGGAGGAGGAGGGAGAGGGUAGGCGCAGCGAGAAUGUGGAGGGUAGAGGAAUUGGAAAAGGGGAAACUGGAAGGUUCAGUGGCAGAAGGAUCGGCAGCAGGUUCGCGGGGAGCAAGUUUGGGGGAACCAGGAGAGUGAACGUGGAGUUGCUUAUAGAGAGUGUGAAUAUAGCCGCAGAGCUGGCAUACCACAGCCAUAGAGUGCUGACCAAAUGCGUGGGGGGUGUGGGUUCCGGCUGGGUUGGGGAGGUCACAGAAGCUGCUCUUUCCGCACAGAUUAUUGACGCAACUGGAGGCUUUGUGUCUGAUUUGAAUAUGAGAGGAGGUGCUGGUGUGGUGAGGGUCUCUGCUACCAGUGGGGUGAGAGCAUAUGGGGAUGUGGAUAUGAGUGCACCCAUCCCUGUUCUCUCCGUGUUUGCAGUCAAGCUGCAGACACCUGCUGCUGCUGCUGUGGGAGAGUCAGCAGCGUGGGCAGGAGGGGUACGGGAGACAGGAGACGGCGAUGGUAAGGUGCUGCGAGCAAGUGAGCCAACACCUCCUGAGGGGACUGCUGCUUCUGCUGUUGAGACUACUGUCUCUGCCACCACCACUGCACCUGCUGCUGCUGCACCUGCUGCUGCUUCUGAUGGCUCUGCCUCUGUGGGUGCUGCUGUCGACUCCACUCAAAACACACCCGGAAAACGCUCUGCAUCAGCAGAUGAAGCUUCUGUCGCCGCCCCAUCCCCCCUCCUCUCCUCCUCAUCUCCCUAUCUCCCUCCGAGCUCCAGCUGUCACUCCGCCAUUCGUCCGUCGCCCCAUGCUGACGUCAUCCUCCCCAUCCCUCUCUUUCUCUCGUCUUCUGAGGAGGAUCGGAGCAGCUUCGGCACGGAUCCAACCGUGGAGCAGGAGGAGGAGGAUGAGGAUGAGGAGUGGUAUCAAGAGCUGCUGAAGAACAUGCGAGAUGUGGACUUAGGGUUUGGGAAAGAGGAGAGGGCAUCUGAAAAAGAGGAGGAGCGGGCAUGUGAGAGGGAAGAGACGACCGUUGGGGAAGAAGAGGGCGCAUUCGGGUUGCGUCAAAAGGAGGCUAGGGAGGCUAGGGAGGCUCGGAAGGAGGAAGGAGGGGAAACGGAGGAGGGCAGGGAACAACAAGGGGCAGAUGAGGUUCCUCUUUUCGGAAAGGAGGCAGGAGAGGGAAGGGAGGGAAGAGUGGGAAGAGAGGAGGUGCAGAGGGAGGAGAGUGGGAGGAGAGAGCCUAGUCCCUGCAGCACUGAUAGUGAUGCUGGCACCAUAGCUUCGGAGGCGACCGAUGCUGUGCCGGACCUGCCGUUCAGGCUCGGAAAGCGGUUCUACAACAUUGAUUCGAUGCUGAACAUGCGCGAACCUGCAUCUGCCUCGGGAGCCGGUGGGGCUGGUGGGUUUGGGGCUGGUGGGGCUGGUGGGAAGUUGUUUUCAGGGUAUCUGGAUAGGAGGGGUCGUGGAAGGACCCUCAUUGAUGGUGCUGUGGUGGGGGCGUCAGUUGGGGCAGCGGGGGCAGAGGGGACAGCGGGGGCAGUGGGGGCAGGGGGGGCAGCGGGGGUGGUGGUGGGGGCAGUGCAGACAGUGGAUGUGGGGGAGAAGGUUUCAGGGAGGAGAGAAGGGGAAGGAGAAGGGAGUGGGGACCUUCUGCAGUUUGACGAGGUAUUCCGAGCCAAGCAGGCUCAGCGGCAGUGCCAUGCCGAAGCUAAGGCUGCUGUGGCUGCAGCUUUGGACGCUCAGGAUGAUCUGGCAGACGCCGAGGCUGCACUGGAGGAAGCUUCCAAGGAAGUUGCACGGCUCACUGCAUGUACUGACACUGAGAAUAAAGGCACGAGUCUGGAGGAGCUUGUAAAGGGGGAAGGGGUUGCUGGUAACCAGGCAGGGGUUGUGGUAACCAUUGAUGGGGAAGAUGAGAGAGGCAGUACGGUGAGCAAAGGUUGCGAAGGGAGAGGGGAGGGGAAUAGAGAGAGUGAUGGUGUGGAUGAGGGAGUGACAGAAGGAGGGAGUGGGGAGGAGGGAAAUGCUGAGGGAGAGGAGGUGGGGGGAGUUGCAGCGAAAGCUGAGGAGGAGGGCAGUGGGGAGUCUACGGAGAAUGUAUCUCUAUUUUCUGCCUGUUCUUCUGCCCUGGCUUCCCUGGAACGAGCUCAGGUUGCCCGCAACGAAGCCGCUGCCCGAAUGCGUGCCCAGCGGCACCGGGCAGCUGCAAAAGUUUCGGAGCUGGAAGCUGCCCGGUCCUUCUACACCACGCUGCUUCGGGCAAAAGAAAAACGGGUAGCUUGA